AUGCUCAGAGUUGAAGGUCGGAAACAAAACGAAGCGUCACCUCAAAAUGACUGUUCAGAGAAACAGAAAGUCUGUCCAAUUAUCUAUCUAUCUAUCUAUCUAUCUAUCUAUCUAUCUAUCUAUCUAUCUAUCUAUCUCAGCCUGUUCAUUUCUUCCAUACCGUCCAUAGCGAUAUCUCCAACUCUAUCUAUCUAUCUAUCUAUCUAUCUAUCUAACCUUUUCUUGUCUAGCCAUUCAUUUUCUAUCUAUCUAUCUAUCUAUCUAUCUAUCUAUCUAUCUAUCUGUCUAUCUAUCUGUCUCUCUCUCUAUCUAUCGUAUUCUAUUCAUACCUAUCUAUUUAUCUCAGCCUGUUCAUUUCUUCCUACGGGUAUGUCCAUAGCGAUAUCUCCAAAUCUAUCUAUCUAUCUAUCUAUCUAUCUAUCUAUCUAUCUAUCUAUCUACAUUUUACAUUCACACAAAGAUUUCCAGUCGCAAUACUCGACUGAAUUGUCCCAGUUGAUUAUGGCGAGAAGCGUAAUGGUUUUCGGCAAACAGUGUCUAUUCCUUAUCUAUCUAUCUAUCUAUCUAUCUAUCUAUCUAUCUAUCUAUCUAUCUAGUUAA